AACCCGAGCACCCACACCACCACAGUAGUAUCCAUGACAACCCAAAUAGCACGCCCAGGCAAAGCUUGCACCCGGGAGCCGCUGGCAUGAUUAAGGCCGCCCCCUCGGAACUGGUGCCUUAUAAGACCCUCUACCAUGGAGAGGUGGUGUGCGCCGUCGCACUAGCAAAG